GUUAAAAUCAAGAAGCCUCAGACAUGUACAGUACAUUCACGAUGCGUGCACACCCCCAUGUACCUACAUUCUGUGUACAUGAUGGAAACCAUAAAGCACAUAGCAAAUAAUAAUGAAUAAUCGAGACCUCUAUCUCUUGGCAUCUAGCUGUGAAUGAAGAGGAGUAGCCCGGAAGAAAUAAGGUAAAUCCAACAUUACUUAACUAACUUAUAGAAACUGCUUGUUGUGUUUUUGUUGUUUUUUGCAUUUAAACACACACGUCUCGUAAUGACCUCCGACCCCGAGCUGCUGCAGGUCGUAUCAAAUGUACGUGUUGUUCAAGUUGUCCUGUCCAAGAUAGAAUAACAUGUAGUUAAACUGAACACAGAUGUAUAACAAAAAACUUGCAUGUGAUGUACAAUGUCUUCCAUGAUGGCUGUACAAAAAACUGUAAGACUCGCAGAGGAGUUGUUACUUACGGCGACAGAAAAUCUCUGAAGUGCUGGAAUGGGUGGUAACUGGUAUUGUCUGAGAUUGCAUCAGGCACAGACAUUCGUGGUAAAGAUUUGAGGUCUUCACAUAAGUUAUUCAAUACCCCACCCCUUUCCAAUGAACGCCCCUUUACAGAGAUAUAAGUGCUCUAGCUGUGACACGAUUAGACGCACAAUGAGGAUCUUCACCUUAAUGACGUCUUUACUUCUCUGCAGCCUCAGCUGGAUCUCUGUCUCAGGUUCUGAGUCUCACACUGCGGAGCAUCAGCCUGGUGAUGAAGUCACACUGCUGUGCUCCAACCUUUCCACAAGCCCAACUCAGACAGACUGGUUCAGAGUGGUCAACAGAACCAAGUCCCACUGUAUCUCCUCAAUGUACGGCUCUGACGGCGACGUUUCAUUCUGUGAUGGAUUUCAAAAUGGAAAAUUUGAAAUGAGCUCCAACGUCUCCACUGUUUCCCUGAAAAUCAAGCGAGUGGAUUCAUCAGACACCGGACUGUAUUUCUGUGGAUUUUACGUGAAAACACAUACAGUCAUUUCCACUGCAACAUACUUAAACGUUCAAGGUGAUGAAAAACAAGGUGAUGAAAACAGUCUUCACACUCUAAACGAGGGAAUGGCUAACCUAAUGUGUUUGAUCCCGGGUGGUCUGACUGUCCUCCUCACUAUAGUCAUCAUUGCUCUGGCUGUUAAAAUCAAGAAACUUCAGACAGCUGUGAAUGAAGGGGAGCAGCCUGGAGGAAACAAGAAUGUGGGCUCAGAUGACCUGAACUACGCAGCAUUAAGCUUCCAGGCUAAACCGAAAAGAAACCGCAGGCCUGCAUCGGAGAGAGAGAUGGAGCCACAUGUCGUGUACGCUGCCACCAGAUAGAUUCAGGAAGCAACUGGAACUGCAGCUCGCUCAUAUUUAAACUGCUGCUGUGUUCUUGUGUGGGUGGAGGGUGUAAAAAGAAUAAUAAAGUUUCAGUAAUGUGUUUGUAUUUCGUUUGCUGUGUUUCUUUUUAUUCGCUGUCGGUCGAAGUGUCUGCCUUUUGUUUUUAGUCUGAGAGGACGAACCGCUUGCUUAAUGUGUGACGGAGGAGGACGAGUCAGAGAG